GAUUUCAUUUCCGGAAAAUGACAUCGUCUUCCCUAAUUUCCCUCUAAUUUCAUUGUUUAUGUGGGAAAAUCUGAGCUUCUAAUGGCUCUUCUUAUCCAUUCACCGGUGGCGCUCGUAAACCCCAAAGUUUUCUCCGAUCACAGCCCUAGCUUUAGGAAGCUUCAGAGCGGUAAAUCCUUCACAGACGGUACUGUAACUGGGCCUAAUUGUGGGAUAAGAGUUUCUUGUAGGGUGAAAGAGUUUGGGGUGUCGCAUUUGAAUCAGCAUGUGAGAGUGAAGCCGUACGGUCUUUUUUCAGCCCCGGUAAAGCUAGAAUCGAGGCCGAGCAAAGAGGAGGAAGAAAAGCAGAAUUACUAUUUGAAUCUGGGCUAUGCGAUCCGGACUUUGAGGGAGGAGUUCCCUGAGCUCUUUUAUAGGGAGCUUAGUUUCGAUAUCUACAGGGAUGAUAUCGUAUUUAAAGAUCCUCUCAAUACAUUCAUGGGCAUUGAGAAUUACAAAUCAAUCUUCUGGGCAUUACGAUUUCAUGGCAGGAUCUUUUUCAAGGCUUUGUGGGUUGACAUAAUUAGCGUGUGGCAGCCUGUUGAGAGCACGAUAAUGGUUCGCUGGACCAUUCAUGGAAUCCCUCGAGUUCCAUGGGAGAGUCGUGGAAGGUUUGAUGGAACCUCUGAAUAUAAACUUGACAAAGAAGGCAAGAUUUAUGAACACCGGGUUGACAACAUUGCUGUGAAUUCACCUCCAAAGUUUAAAGUGCUUGGCGUGGAACAAUUAAUCCAAUCUAUUGGAUGCCCCUCAACCCCAAGACCAACUUACUUUAAAAUAUCUUUGUCUUCAAAGAGAACUUUGCAUGGGUGAAGUUCUUCAA